AAAAAGUUGUGCUUUUUCGCGUAAGAUUGUCAUCAUUGUAGAUUUGUCAUCAACACGGCAAGGUAAAACGGAAUAACGCAAACAAUACUUUAUUGAAUAUAUAUACAAAUAAUAAUAUCAUUAUAUAAUAACAGAAACGUCGAUUAAAAAUGUUUAAUUUUGGUGGAGGUACUAAUACUGGUGGUGGAUUUGGAGCACAACCAAACACUGGUGGUGGUGGAUUCGGAUCAACAGGAACAACAGGAGGUACUGGUUUUUCUUUUGGUACUGGUGGAAAUACAGGUGGUGGAUUUGGAGCACAACCAAACACUGGUGGUGGAGGUUUUGGAUCAACAGGAACAACCCAAAAUACAGGAUUUAGCUUUGGUUCUCAACCAUCGACAAAUACUGGUGGCUUUGGUGGAAUGAAUAAUAAUACAACUGGUGCUUUUGGUCAAAAUAAGCCUUUUGGUACAACUGGAGCUACAAAUACAGGUUUUGGCUUUGGUAAUACACAAACACAACCACAACAACCACAACAACAAGGUAAUACAUUUGGUGCAUCUGGUAAUCCUUUUGGUGGAACCACUGCAACUAACACUGGAUUUGGAGCACCAUCCACAAAUACAUUUGGAUCAACAGGAACAACCACAACAACAGGUGGCACAGGAUUUAGUUUUGGUUCUCAACCAAGUACAGGAACAACAGGUGCAUUUGGUGCAUCCAAUCCAUUUGGUGGGACUACUGGAACAACAACAGGUACAUUUGGUUCUACUCAACCAACAACAGGUACAGGCUUUUCAUUUGGAUCUCAACCAACACAAAACACUACUGGUGGAGGUUUAUUUGGAGCUCAACCAACACAAAAUACUGGAAUGGGAUUCGGAGCAACUAACACCACAGGUAUGGGUAUGGGAAAUACUGGUGGACCAAUUACUCCACAAUCUUUCCCAUCAUUUAAGCCAACUGAAGAAAACAAUACUACUACAAAUUCAAAGAUGAUAUACUAUUCGAUUACUAAAAUGGAUCCUUACAAGGAUAAAUCAUUUGAAGAAUGGAGAUGGUAUUUCACACUUGCAUCUCAAGGAAAAUUAACUCAAAAUCCAUUUUCUACUCCAACAACUGGUACCACAACUGGAGGAUUUGGACAAACAACUCAACCAUCUACAGGUUUCUCUUUUGGAAAUACUGGAACAACAACAACAACAACAAAUACUGGUUUUGGAACGACAGGAACUAUGGGAGGUGCUUCUAAUACUGGCUUUGGUUUUGGAACUCAACCUACCACACAAACAGGAUUUGGUACUACUACUAACACUGGAUUUGGUAAUACAACUACAGGUGGAUUCGGUUCUACAACAUCUGCAUUCGGUAAUAAGCCUGCCACAACUAGUACUGGCUUUAGUUUUGGAUCACAACCAACAACAGGAACCACUGGAGGAUUAGGCUUUGGAUCACAACCAACAACAGGAACUGCAAACACUGGUUUUGCAUUUGGAUCUAGUAAUACAGGAACAGCUAACACUACCACUGGAUUUGGUGCUUCUCAACCUUCUUCAGGAUUCAACUUUGGAGGUGGUUCUACAACUCUUGCACCUAUAGGAGGAACAACUAAUACAGGAACCACAGGCUCUGGCUUCAAUUUUGGUGGUUCAACACAACCAACAACUGGUGCAACUAAUACUGGUUCUGGUUUCAAUUUUGGUGGCUCAACACAACCAGCUCAAACAUCAAGUGGAUUUAAUUUUGGUACUGGUACAAGUGGAUUUGGUGCAACAACUGGUACAACAACUACAGCACCAUCUACUGGUUUUAACUUUGGUGGUGGUGGAUUGGGCGCAACUGGACCUGGUACUACAACUGGUAGUGGAUUUAAUUUUGGUACAACUGGAGGUAACACAACUGGUUCAUCUGGUUUCAAUUUUGGUGGCACUACUACUCAACCUCUUGGAGGAACAAGUGGUUUCAAUUUUGGUGGACCUACUGGUGUUGGACUUGGCAUGACAACAGGUUUUGGUGCUCAACCAACCAAUACCGGAUAUGGUGUUGCUCCAAUGGCUCUCCAAGAUCUUAAUAAUCUCUUGGCAGAUCCAUUUGGUACUAAUCCUCUUUUCCAACUUCAAAAGGAAGCACUCGAGCAAAGCUAUGCCCAAGAAGAAGAAUCUAGUGUUAUUUCAAAGUCUAUUCAAAAGACAUCAACUCAAGUUAGACCAAGAACUUUCAAAAAGAGCUCUAAUAGUACAUUGGUUGACAGAAUGUCUUUAAUUGCUUCUGAUACAGAACCUGUAACAUUGGACUUGCUUGAUAGUAAUUCAUUUACUUCUAAGGAAAAUGUUAAGGAAUUGACAAUUUCUUCUGCUGUUUUUGAUAAGAGAUCAAGUCAACAAUUGAAUCAACCAAGAUCUACUGGUACAACUAUAGAAAGAGAUGAUUCUCAAAAAACAAUUAGUAGUAAUGCUAUUAGACCAAAACCUCAAAAGGGUAAAGGUAUUUCUCUUGAUAUUGAACAAGCACCAAAGGAAACAACUGUUAAACCAAGCUAUUUACCAAAGUUAACAAAGGAAGGAUAUUACACCAAGCCAUCCUUUGAACAAAUGAAGCAAAUGUCUCAACACGACUUGCAAAAUUGUAAUGGAUUCACUGUAGGAAGAAAAGGAUAUGGUGAAGUUGAGUUCCUUGGAGUUACUGACUUGACUAAGAAUUUGGAUUUGGAUAAAAUUAUUUACGAGAUUGAAACUCAUCAUGUGGAGGUAUAUAGUAGCAAUGUAUACACAGAAAGGACCAAACCUCCAGUUGGAACUGAACUCAAUAAGCCAACCAUCAUUAAAUUGUUCAAUGUCCAUCCAAAGAACAAUGAUUACAAGCAAUUUGAAAGAAAGUUGAGAAAAGCCAAUGAAAAGUCUGGUAGUAGAUUUAUUGACUAUGAAACCGGACAAUGGACAUUCAAAGUUGAACACUUUACCAAGUAUGGUAUUUUUGACGACGAGGAAGAGGAAGAAAUUAUUGAAGAUGAGGAGGAAAAACAAGAACCAUUUCAAGUUGUGAAAAAAAUCAAUCUUGAUGAAAUUUCGGAUACUUCAGAAGAUGAAAUUGUUGAUGAGGAAGAAGUUAUGGAUAAUGAUGAGGAAGAAGGAGAAGAUGUUAUGCAAAUUGAAAGUCACAGAACAUUUCUUCCAAGACAACUUAAUUUAGAUCCAAGAAGAAUGUACAUUAUGCAAGCAAAUUUAAUGACUGAUGAUGAAGCUGCUGAUGAUAAUAAUAUCGAUUUUGAAGCUAUUAGACAAACUAAGAAACCAAGAUUUAAGGAAAUUUCUGAAUCAGAACCAACUUUAGCAUUUAUUAAAAAGGAUGCUCCAAUCCAACAACCAACAAUCAAACCAAGAAAGUAUAUCGACAGUACUCCAUCAAAUAUUGUUGGAGAUGCAGAGGCAGAGUCUGACAAGAGAGAUUCAUUGUUUUCAUUGAGUCGAUCAUUUAGAGUGGGAUUUUUACCUAAUGGCCAAUUUAUUGUACCUACUAUUGUAUUUAAUCCAAAAUCAAAAGUUUCCAAUAUUUCAGUGUCAGAGUUCUUUGUAAAAGAAGAUAAGCAAGUACCACAAAAUCAAGAUGAAGAAUAUCUUAAACUCAAAUAUGAAUCUAAGGUUCACUUGGAAAUUGAACACGUUGAAAGAGAUCCUACUGAUGUUCAUAUUUCUCUCAAGAAUAAUUCAUAUACAGCAUUAAUGGAAGGUCACGUUCAAAAAUGUGAAAAGAUAAUUAAUUCAGUUGAUCAUUAUCACUUCUCUGAUGCUACUAAACAAUUGAUUGUUAAUCGUGAAAAGUUUGAGUUGAGUGUAUGGAAGCUUGCUAAUUUACUUUUUGGUGAUGUUGAUAUGCUUGAUGGUAAUAAUUAUGCAACUGAUAUUGCUAGAAAGAGAAAUUUGAGUGCUUGGAUUCGUGAACAAAUUCCAAUUGAUGAAAUUAUCAAUAGAGCUAAUCCAAAACCAUUGGAAAAAAUUUACUUGUUGUUAUCUUCUGGAAGAAUUGCAGAAGCUGCUAGAGUUGCUCUCGAUAAUAAGGAUGUGAGACUUUCUUCAAUCAUUUCUCAAUCCUUCUCAAAUCCUUUCAUGCAAAAGGAUAUUCAAAAACAAAUUAAUUUAUGGAAACAAGCAAAAGCUAAUAUUGAAAAGGAUUUGAUCAAAAUUUAUGAACUCUUAGCAGGUAAUGUUUGUGAUACUUCUCUAACAUGGCUUCAAUGUUUGGGUUUGCAUUUGUGGUAUAAGAGUUCUCCAGAUACAACAAUUAGUGAAGUUUUCUCUAGUUAUACAAAUUAUUUUGAAACUUUUAGAGCCACUAAACCAUUUUUAUCAUCAUCUAGACAUUCAUCAGAGACACAUUAUGAUUUGAGGUAUCAUAUUUUAGGAAUGUAUUGUAAAAAAGAAAUACCAAUAAGUUCAUCUUUAGAACCAUCCACUUAUAUUGAUGAUAUUUUAGAUUGUCAACUUACAUGGCAUUUGUAUAAUGUAUUGAGACGUGUUACAAGUUGUGAUACUACUGGAUCAAUGUCACAUAUUAUCACUUGUAAUUAUGCUCUUCAAUUAGAACAAUCUGGGUAUCCACAAUAUGCCUUGUUUAUAUUGUGUCAUUGUGAUUUAAUGCCAAAUAUUUCAGAUGAUAUUAAUAGAGAAUUGAAUUACCAAGACAAAUCAAAUAGUCUUGUUUCUAAAUUCAAGAGAGAAAGACUCAUUGAUGUUAGAAAUAGAGCACUCAGAGAAAUUCUCUUUAGAAAUUAUCCUAUUCUCAUGUCUAAUGAAUCAGGAAUGAAAUUCAUCUCUCAAUUACAAAUUUCUCCUAAUUGGAUAUAUGAAGCUGCAGCUCUUUAUGCUAGAUAUACAUGUUCCUAUCAUUUAUUAUUUGAAAAUUUGUGUCUUUAUCAUAAUUAUAUUGAAGCUCACAAUGUUUUCCUAGAAUAUAUUCUAUCUGAUCUUUUACUUUGUAACAAGUAUGAAGAACUUUCUAAAUAUGUUCAAAAGCUUUAUAAUCAUCAAGAUUUGAUUCCAAAUUGGAGUAAGGGAGGUGAUAUUUUAUAUAGAUAUAUUUGUGUGAGAAAACAAUUUGAAGAUCUUGAAGCACAUGUUGAAGGAAAUUCAACAAUUUUCACCGAGUCAUCCAAUAUUAAAUCAACCUAUGAUGCAUUAUGUAGAUUGGAUAUUCAAAUUACAGAAUUAUUAGAUCUAGUUAAACAUUUAACUCUUUACACACUUGAACAUCGUGUAGCUGUUUCAGAUACAACUGUAAAGAUUACUAACAUGAUGGUUAAGGUUAAAUCCUUAUUGACGGUUUAUGAAGCUGAUACAGAUUAUAUUGGUAUGAUACAAGAAGAUAGAUCCAAUCAAAAGGAACAAUGUUUAUUUAACAUUGCAAGUGUUACACAAAAUAUUUACCUUACCAAUCAAAUUGAUCUUUUACAAACAUUAGCUCUUUCAACUACAUUUAAUUUACAAUAAAUUCAAUCAAUU